UUGAUCCUCUCACCCAACCAGCUCUUCCACAGCUAAUUUCCUCUCAACUACUCAACGACCAUGUUGUAUUACGUUCUUUUGAUUUUAAACCAAUUGAAAUUGGCCUGGAACUUGUUGCUUAAAUAUUCUAUGUUCCCUAACGUUUACGACAAGCAGGAAUUCCCACAGCAGCACUUGCCAGGCGUUGCUGAUCAACAACUUGGUGUAGUUAGAUACAAUUGGAAGCAGCAAAAACAGAACUGCUUCGACGACGACGAUGAAGAAGAAGAAGUGGCUUGUGCUGUUUGCCUAUGCCGAAUAGAAGAAGAUGAUGAGAUGAGAGAGCUGAGAUGUAAUCACCUUUUUCAUAAGGUUUGCUUGGAUAGGUGGCUUGGUUACAGCCUUUCCAUGACUUGUCCCAUUUGCCGUACUUUCUUGAGUCCUGCUAAACUAGUCGCCGGUGUUGAAGUGCUGAUAUUUAACUAUUGCACUUUCAACUCCAACCACCACGACAACUGGUGGCUGCGCUAGCUUGAAACAUCAACUUCAACUAUCCGUUAGUGUUUUAGUUGGGGGAAUGCAAAUUAUUAGAUAUCUUUAAAAAUA